GAUUCUGAAGGGCAAAAAGGUUAUAUAUCCUUAUAUAUAUGCAUAAUUUUUUUUCACUUGAAUUUUCAGAUAUGGUGUAGAAAAUAAUAUGCUUCUCAGAGUUUAAUAAAAAAAAAAACUAGGAUAUAUAAUAGUUUUUAUAUUUUCUAAGAUGUUUUAAAUUUGUUUUUUUCCAAAAAGAAAGGUGAAAAUAUUAAUAGCAGCCGAAGAGUAUACACUCUGUCAUUAUUGAGAGGGAGAUGGAUUGUUAUGUACACAUGUAGUAUUAAUUUUCAACGUCGCCCCCAAAAUAAAUGAAUGCAGUGUGGAGUAUUUAUUAAUAGAUAUUAAGCUAUGCAACUGAAAAUUUGAAGUAGAGCGAAAUUAAUCCGAUUUCCUUCACUGCAUUGAAUUGUUUUUCUUAUGGAAAAACACAUCUGUAUUGCAUCGCCGUCCUUCUAUCGCCUUUCGCCAACUUUCUUUUUCCCAUUCCCUAUGUCUUGUGUUUGGUACAAUUUUUUUCCUCAUAGUCUAACAUAUUUCUGAAGUUUUAACGUACAAACCUCAACCAACCCAUAUCCCUAAGCACCACCUCACCUCAUGAUGUCUCAACAAAUGGUACCCCAGCAGGCGCAGCAGGCCUACAACACGGAGCCAGAGACCCUGCGCAACCUCAUGGUCAAUUACAUUCCCACUACUGUAGACGAGCUGCAGCUUCGUCAGCUUUUCGAGCGGUUUGGCCCCAUUGAGAGCGUGAAGAUUGUCUGCGACCGGGACACUCGCCAGAGCCGGGGGUAUGGCUUUGUGAAGUUUCAGGCGGCGACCAGCGCCCAGCAGGCGAUCGCGGAGCUGAACGGGUUCAACAUCCUCAACAAGCGCCUGAAGGUGGCGCUCGCCGCGACUGGAAACCAGCGACAGCGACAUAACGGUAACGCAAACCCGGCCGCGAACAUGAACAUGUACUACGGCAGCAACUUUAACGGCUACCAGGCCCCCAAUCCGUACACGCAGCAGCAGAUGCUGGCCAUGCAGCAGCAGUAUAUGAUGCAGGCCGCACAGCACCAGCCACGCUAA